AUGAUGAUUAAACACCCUUCAUCGAUCUGUAGCCGUUGUCUAGCCUACAGAAGAUUAUUCUCGACAAGUGUCCGAAGAUCAGACCAGCUUCACAAUGCACCUCUUCCACCAGAUGUCGGCUACACCCGGCUCACAAACCGAGGACUCAUCUCCAUCACCGGACUCGACAGCACAACCUACCUCCAAGGACUGAUCACCCAGAACAUGCUGAUCGCCAAUGAUCCAAAGAAGAGAGUCCGUAAUACUGGCACAUACGCUGCAUUUCUGAAUUCGCAAGGCCGCAUAUUGAACGAUGUCUUUAUCUACCCGCUCCCGAACUCGAACGGAGAUCAGACUGAACGCGAAUGGCUAGUCGAAGUGGACCGAAACGAGCUGCCCACCUUGCUGAAGCAUUUGAAAAAGCACAAGCUUCGAGCUAAACUCAAGUUGCGCGCGCUUGAAAUCGACGAGCGAACUGUGUGGUCCUCAUGGAGGAAUCACUCCGAACCACGCUGGGCGGCUUACAAUCUUGAAGCGGACACUGCCUCCCCGUUCUCAUCAUCGCCAGAUGUGGUCGGGUGCAUCGACUCACGAGCUCCCGGAUUCGGCUCUCGUCUCGUAACCCCUGGCUCCGACGAUCUGCGCAGUCACUUGCCCGACGAAUCACAACUUGCCGGAUCUGAGGUACAGUUGGAUUCAUACACAGUACGGCGAAUGCUCCAUGGAAUAGCAGAAGGGCAGAGCGAGAUAAUUCGUGAAACAGCCCUGCCGUUAGAGUCUAACAUGGAUCUGGGCCGUGCAAUUGACUUUCGGAAGGGCUGCUACGUUGGCCAGGAAUUGACCAUUCGCACGCAUCACACGGGUGUGGUGCGGAAGCGUAUCCUUCCAGUCCAACUCUACACCGGAGAGGCCCCCUCGGCGACAAGUCCGAUAUAUGACCCGUCGGCACAGAUUCCUGUGCCAGCGCAGGGCUCGAAUAUCAAUAAGGCGGAUGGUCGUCGAGGCCGCAGCGCUGGCAAAUUCUUGAACGGCGUCGGCAACAUCGGCCUUGCGCUCUGCCGCUUGGAAAUGAUGACGGAUAUCGCGCUUACUAGCGAAGGGUCACAGUAUUCUCCCGACAAAGAGUUCAAAGUCUCAUGGACAAGCGAGUCAGAACAGCCCUCCGAAGUCAAAUUGCAGGCCUUUGUGCCAUCAUGGAUCCGAGAGUUCAUUCUGGCCGGCGGCGCCAAGAAGACGUCCGCGCGUUCAGGCGAAGUUGAGGGCGAACGAGCUCGAACUCUUGUCGAGCAGCUGGGAGAGGAAGAAGAAGCACAGCGGCGAGAGUGA